CCUAUGUUAGACUUUUCUAACCUGUGCUGCAACCUAGUGCUCUAGCAUCCACUCUGCAGUGUGCAGACUCGAGUCAAAGUAACCACAUCCCGGAGUCCCUUGUUCCCCCAUACUCCAAAUGUGGCUGCUCUAGCUCUUGGACCGUGGUGUGCUGUGUGAAAAUGUACUAUCCACCUCUCUGUCAUCUGGGGAAGGGCUUUGGCAGGGGAGAGGGUGGAAAUCAAAUCCUGUUUUGUCUCUCCUGCACUUAUUUUGGUUUGUUCCCACCUUUUCCCAUUCCUCUCACUGAGGUUUCCUCUCUCCCCAGCACAGGGAGUGACCUAUGUCUGGAUUCUCUCUCUAUCCUUCCAGGAGAUGGGAUGCUGAGUGAGAACGAGGAGAAGAGUCCCCACCUGGAAGAUGAUGAGCAAGUAGAACCACAUGGGACAUUAGCAGGAAGAUCCAAAGGGAAAGUUUCUUGGAGUUGUGCAGAGGCAAAAGCCUGUGAGAGUCAGCAAAGGCCAGAGAAAAGCUACAGUGGCAGCUCAGAUGUUAUUAGACAUGAAAAAAUGAACAUGGGACCGAGACCUUACAAAUGCCUAGAGUGCGGGAAAAGCUUCAGAUUGAGCACACACCUUAUCGCACAUCAGAUAAUCCACACAGGAGAGCGACCCUACACGUGCUCUGAGUGCGGGAAAAGCUUCAGUCGGCGCUCAGACCUGAUCAAACAUCAGCGAGUCCACACAGGAGAGCGACCCUAUAAAUGCUCUGAGUGUGGGAAAAGCUUCAGCCAGAGCUCAACCCUCAGCAAACAUCAGAGAAUCCACAUGCGAGAGAGAUCCUUCACAUGCCCCUGAGUGCGGGAAAAGUUUUAGAAAGGACUCAGCUUUUAUGAGACAUAAGAGAACCCACACAGGCGAGUAAUGCCAUAAAUGUCUUGACUAGGGCUGGCCAAAGCUUUUUUGUAAAAUACAUUAGCUAAUUCCCACAUCAUUUGCACCAUUUUCUUCAGUGUGGUCUCUCAGCUCCAUGUGAGUUGCCUGCCUCUGUCUUUCACACCUCCCCCUUCUUUGUGGUGAAUCCCAUGUUUAAGGCUAUGAUUUAGUCAUGAAUAUUUUUACUAACAGUUAUGGACAGGUCAUGAGCAAUAAACAAAAAUUCCUGGCCUGUGACAUGCCCUUGAUUUGUACUAUAAAUACCCCUGACUAAAUCUUAGGUGCUGGGGGAGGGGCUCCAGAGCGCUGCAGGUGCUGGUGGGGGGUGGGCCUCCAGGGCACUGCAGGUGCUGGUGGUGGGGGGCCUCCAGGCCGCUGCAGGUGUUGGGGAAGGGGCCUCCGGGGCACUGCAGGUGCUGGUGGAGGAGGCCUGCGGGGCACUGCAGGUGCUGGGGGGGAGCUCCAGCCCAGGGCCCUGUUGCUGCUGCUGCUGCUGCUUGGGGGAGGGAGUGGCCCGGGCCCCACUGCUGCUGCUCCAGUGGCCCAAGAGCCAGCAGCAGCUGGUGCAGCUUAGGCAGCCCCAGGAUCAGCCGCACCAGCUGCUGCAGAAGUCAUGGGAGGUCACGGAAAGUGAUGUAAUCUGUGACUUCCGUGAGCUCUGUGAAAGACUCAUAGCCUUAUCUUUAUCCUUUAUCAACUCCUUUGUCUUAUAAGUCCUGGGAGCAUGCCCUUCUCCUGCCAGAAAUAUCCAUCAGCACCAGGCGAGGGAGAUGGGGUUGACCUUGACUAGCUACACUGAGGUAAAAACGGCCUGUGCUUUGUCUCCACUGGGAUUUUGCAUGGACGUAAUGGCUCAUUUUAGUGAUCUUGUUGUAACAACACAACUACAUUUGCAGUGCAGACAUAACCCGGGUACAGUGGCUGGAGUUAGCUUUCCCCUUGACCUGAGCUCACAUCCAUCAUUUUUCCUAGUCUAGACAAACUCCGAGCAUCACGUUGAUACCAUUCCCCCGUUACAAAGUGAUUGUUAGUCACCGAGUUCCGUAUUGGGGACAGAUUGUCUCAAUCCCACUUGUUCUCACCUUGCUCAGGGUUGUGCUGGACACAAAUAUUUUUUCUACCAUUUUCCUCAUUUAAAAUAGAUUGAAAUAGAACAAAGAGCAGGAGCAGGGCAGGAAAAAUGUGUCAUUUCAGCCUCUGUGACACCCAAAGGAGAUGGGGUGAGUCAAAGGGAUUCCCUCCUUCCCCAUCACUGUCACAAUCCCCCCUUGCCCCAGCAGCAUUAGCUUCUGUGUAAGGCACAAUAAUGUUUAUCCUCCCCAUGUUCUACCUCUGCACCUCACAGUGUGUCAUGUGAUGCCAUGUUCUGAGCGCUUUCUAUGCUUAGGUAUCACACACUGAUCCUAAAUCCGACUCACUGCGGCUAGAUGUGAAAGUGUCAGACCUGGAAGUGGGAUUUGAAUGGAUUCCAAACACAGAGUAGUCAUUCUGUGCUUUCAUCUCUGCUUCUAUCUAUUGGCAAAGCUGCUUCUGGCCUUUUUCCUGCUGAGCUGGGAUUGUUUGCAGAUGGAAAGUUUGGCUGCUUUUCCACCUUGUGAUGAAGCUAAAUCUUUUGUACAUAACAUGACUCAAUAAUAAUGAAGUGGCACAGAGUGAAGAGAGUUUGAAUGGAUCAGGGGAGAUGGGAGAAUGUGUUUUGAUUUUGAAUUAUCAGCUAUAUCCUGCUCUGGAAUUUCAUUUUAUAUGAAGCUGAAAGUGUCUUCUACUCCUCUCUGUUGUGGGUUUUUCCUCUCUUUUCUUAAGGAAGAUUGGUCUCAUAAAUGGAUAUUACUUUUAUUUGACAGAAUGUACCUCAGAUUUACAGGAGAAGACAGCGGGUAUAUCUACACUGUAAUGUAAUCCCAGGCUUAGUGGGACUUGAGUCUGACUUUUGUGAAGAAAUCCUGGGUGUGUUAGACUUUUCUAACCUGUGCUGCAACCUAGGGCUCUGGUGUCCACACAGCAGUGCGCAGACCCGAGUCAAAGUACCCGCAUCCCAUACUCCCUUGUGUUCCCCCGAUCCCCCAAAUGUGGCCGCUGUAGUUCCAGGACUGUGGUGCACUUUGCGAAAAUUUACCACCCACCCUGCAUGUUACCAGGAAGCAGCUCACUUUGCCAAAGGCUUGAUGGGUUCGCUCUCCUUUGCACGCCCAGGAGACUCUCUGAUAGUGUGCUUACAGAUCAGUUGUCAGAAGCGAAUGGGUUAAUGCUGACCUGAGCAGCUGCCAUUUGCAAAGG